CAGACACAAACACAGCACACACGCACGUACACACAUGCAUUAAACAAGCUCAUCGAUACUCAAACAUAUACACACAUAAAUGUGGCGAAACACAUACAUACACACACAUACUCACAUAUAAAUACAGACACAUAUAGACACAUGUACGCAUGCACAGUCACACACAUAGAGAACCAAACUGAAACCACGCAAAAACUGACGUACACACACGCAUGAGUACACACACACACUGAACCACAUACAUGCAAACACACAAGACAGAGUAACAGACAUAUUUACAGUUACACACAUACACAUACACGCAUACAAUACACGUAUAUAUACAUAUAUACACACAUCUCCCCCUCUCUCUCCUUGCGGUGGUCAAUCAACCAACCAACCAGCCAGCCAGCCAGCCAGCUACAGAACCAGCCGACUCGCCAACCAACUAGCAGAGCCACCCACCAGCCAGCUAGCCGGCCUGCCAGCCAGCCAGCCAACCAUGCAGGCAAUCAGGCAGUCAGUUGACGUAUUUUCACUUUCUUCGCUAUCUUCAACCGGUGCACAGUUACAGAGGGCCCCGGAUCAUACAAAUGCUGUUCCCUUCCUUCCAUCCAGUUCUACCACCAUCCGUCAAUAUUGAAUGGUAAUAAUUAUUACAAGACCUGACAACUGUCCCAAAACCACCAACACGCCAACUCACAACAAAUUCUUCAUUCGCUUUUUCGGGGUUUUUUUUUACCAUUUUUCCUUCUUUAUAUUUAACGAAUUUCUACUCUACUUCAUAAACCAAGACCAACACACGAGCAAAACUUAAUAUAUAUACAUUUCUAUACCUAUAUAAGUAAAUAUAUAUGUAUAUAUAUGUGUAUAUAUUUAUAUACUUGCUGUUUGCUUCGAGGAAGGAAUAAUUCUCUGUUUUAAACUGAAAAAUUUCAAACCGGCAUGUAUAUUACUAUGUAUGUAUGUAUAUAUAUUUGACAUCAGAUACAAUGUGGAUAUAUAAAAGAAGAUAAACUUAUAUAUACACCCAAGAAACUCGCUGGACAAUUUCAUUCAACAAAAAAAAAAAAAGAUUACUUUAACAUAAACAAGACAGUUAAAAAGAGGUUUCGCAAUCAGAUAAGAUGGGUGUAAUAACACUGUCUGACAUCGAUUAUGGCCAGAUAUUCGGACCAUUCCCAAUAUCUCAGACCAAAGCUGACCCCGCUACAUUCAUUGGUCUUCUGACCAAAGACAAACAAGUCGACACCAUUUUACUUAAGGUGGACUUAAUGGUGGAUAAAGAUCGCACGGUUGAAUGGCUACCGUACAUCCAGCCGGCUCGUGACGAGGACGAACAGAAUAUUGAAGCUUAUAUGAAGGAUGGUUACGUUUAUUACCGCGCGUUGAGGAUUAUCCGAAAAAACGAGGACCUUUUCGUGUGGUACAGCAAGGAUUUCUCGCAGAUCCUGGCCAUUCCUGAAGUACAAAGAAAACAGCGAGAUUCUGAUCCGUACAUUUGUCCGCGAUGCGGAGAAGUUUUUGAAUAUCCAUUCCCUUUAAGAGCUCAUCUUAGAUUUACCUGCGAGCCACGGUCUUUAAUGACAUUGAAUGCCAACCAAUUGAUUUCCCGGCAAGAACGACAGCUGAAGCUUGAAUCAAUAGAAUCUCAUUUGGAAAAUUCUAGAAUCAAAAAUUGCCCUCGAGCAUUGGAAUUCCAUACAAUUCAACGAGAAAAUGAUAGCAAAAAUGAUUCGCCAUCAGUAAUCAAAGACUAUUCCAGGAAUGUGACAAUUAUGGAAGUGAGCCGUAAACGUCAUCUAGACGACACAGAUACAUUAACACCUUCUCCCAAACUCGUAAAUUCAGAGAAUUAUACGAAAGUCGAGAGGAAAACACUCGAUAAUGGUAUCAAUAAAUCACAGAGAAUUUCUCCUCAGUUUUCUUCGGAUAACUGCGAAAAUACGUUUAAAUUCCGUGAGGAAUCCGAGGAAAAUCGGAGCGCAUUUACAAAGGUUGAAAAAUCGCAUUCCCCUAAAAACGGUAUUAGUAACAGCACUGUCAGUAACCAUAGUAACAGUACGACCAUGUCGAAUCAUUUAAUUACUUCGAUCCCUAGUCCUUUAUUGUCUUCAAAAGCUUCAUUAUCUCCAGCUAUUUCUAUGACGUUUACUGGCUCUCAUUACACUAUACCAUCGUUAACUAAUGUACGCCUUAGUUCAGCGUCGUCCGGUUCACUCGCAACCCCAGCUGACUUAUCCCACAUUACAAAUGCUAAUACUCUUUACCUACCACGGUAUCCUGUUUUUCCGUCUUUCGGUCUGACAUCUGCGGCAGUGGCAGCAGCCGCUACCCAACCCCUUUCGGAUAAUAACUCACAGCACAGUAUUAUGGAAAUUUAUAAAAGUGGUCUAGUUCACACGACGGAACAAUUUGGAAGUGAAAACGGUAUCAGUUUUCCAAAACAUCCGAUUUUCCACGAAAGACCUCCAGUCAACCCAUUUAUGAAAACUCAGAAUCCAAUGGUAGAAAAGAUUAUUGCGGGUACAGCGCCAUCUAUGUUACAGACGCCUCUGGCAGCGUUGACCCUCUCUCAAAACUGGUGUGCCAAAUGCAACGCCACCUUCCGGAUGACCAGUGACUUAGUUUAUCACAUGCGUUCCCAUCACAAACGGGAAUUCGAUCCGAUGAAACGGAAGCGAGAAGACAAAUUAAAAUGUUCGAUCUGUAAUGAAACUUUCCGAGAAAGACACCAUUUAACACGUCACAUGACCUCACAUGUAUAGUAAAAAUAAAUAUAAAUAUAACUAUUAAAAAAUAUAUAUAUAUUGAAAAAUAAUAAAAGAAAAAAAACU